AUGCGGAGUGCUUUAAAAACUUUAAUUGUUUUGUGGCCUCCUUUGCUUGGACAUUUUAUUUUGGUAAUUCCCAGUGGAGUAGCUUUUGUAGUUAAAGACAAUGUUCAAGAAGUAUUGCCUGUCAUUCCUGAUAAACCCGGAGUAAUUGGAAGUGAUGUUAAUGAUAAAAGCACAAAAACUAGUAAACUAAAAGAAGGAAGUGAAAGUUUGAUUUCUGGAAUUGAACGUAGCCAUAUUGAGGAAUUAAAGGAGGAAAUUAAAGGAGAAGGUAAGAAAGUACCCAAAAUUAAUGGACAGGGUAAUAAAAGCAUUGAAACUAAAAUUGUUGAAAAGAAAAAGGAACUAGAGGCUUUAAACCAAGAAAAAUUAAAUUUGGAAAAGAAAGUUGUUGAAUCAAAGACAACUGAAGAACAGAAGGAUAAACAGAUUGAUCCAGCAGGUAAAGAAGAAUCACCAGAGACUGAAAGGAAAGAAGAAAAUGCUCAGGAUAAACUAUCAUUUUGGCAGUCAUUUUGGCAAUACAUUAGUAAUGAACAAAAUGUUAAGACUGAAGAAAAUUCCAUUGAAAAACCAAAAAAUCAAGAAGAAUUAAAAGAAGGAAAUGGUGAAAAAGAAAAGGUUAAUGGAAAUGAGGUGAAGAAAGAAAUAGUUUUGCAAAAAUCUAAAGGAAAUGGCCAAAUAAUUGAAAAAUUAAAACCUGAAGAAAGCAAAAAAGAUGAGGAUGAAAAACAACAAAAAUUAACUAAAAACAAAUCACCUACAGAUCCCCAAAAAUUAACCGACCAAGGUAGAUUAUCUGGUGAGGAUAAAAAAGUAUUGAAAGGAGGCGAAAAACAAAAAGGAACAACUAAAAUAGACGAAACUAAUAAAGACAAGGAAAAAGAUAAAAACAAGAAGGAAACUGAAAAAGUCAAAACAAAGGAUAGUGAAAUGAUAGAGGAAAAAGGUAAACAAGGUAAGUUGAAAAUCCCAGAAAAAGAGGAAGAAAAGCCUAAAGUAAAUGGGAAGAUUGUUGAUACAACAAUUAAACAUGAUGAAACAAAACAUAAAUUAGAAGAAGAUUUGAGUAAGAAAGCAGUUAUUGUUAAAAAGGAUAAAGUUGAAAAUCAAAGUAAAAUCAACAAGGACAUUGUAAAACCUUCAUCUCAAAAGAAUGGAGAAGGAAAGAAACACAAAACAAAACUUGGAAAAAAGCUGGAGAAAAAAGCGUUGGGAAAAUCGAAUCAUUCAGAUGAAAGCAGCUAUGAGGAUUCUGAAGAAAGCGUUGAAUUAACUAAAGGAAAAGGAAAUUUUGCUGAAGAUGUUCAAAAAUAA